GAAGUUGCUGCAGGGACUGAAGGCGCGGAGAGCUUUUGGACACAGUGGUGGAGCCCUGCCUCGCGUUUUGACGCACGCACUAUGGACUACUGUUGAGCUCUAAGGGAAGAAGCAGUGCGCGCACACAACAACUGCUGCUCGUGCCUCAAACCUUACUCAUUUUAUUUUUAGUUUUGAAGUUGAAUAUCGGCGGUUGUUUUUACCAAAACGGUGUGUGUCUAACUUACUCUUAUUUCGUGGGGAAAACAGGUUUGGCACGAUGAAGUUUUUGCUUCUACCAGUUUUAAUGGCUUUUUUUGCCGUCGCUCAAGUUUUUUGCGAGGAAAACCCAAAAGAAGAGGCUGAUUACUGGACGAGCAGUAAUCAGAUUCAGGACGGCUGGCUUCCCAACGACCCAUUCAGAGAUAUCAUCCUGAGGAUGACAAGAAAGCCGCGGCCACAUCAGUUCAUCGGUCUGAUGGGGAAGCGCUCCAUGGCAAAUGCACAGAUCACUCGCAAAAGGCAUAAAGUCAACUCUUUUGUCGGACUGAUGGGAAAAAGGAGCCAAGAGGAGCCAGAAUCCUACGAGUGGAGCACAAUACAGACAUACGACAAGCGCCGCUAAACAUCCACCUCUUCACUUGCCUGCACCUCAUCUAGCCGUUCGUCAUCCACGGGAGGGAGACCUUACGCUGGUUUUGUUUUCUCCAAAUUGUGUAUAGUUGUUAGUCGAAUAAAAUGAUUCUGUUUCCACAUUGUAGUGAUGUAGCAGUGCUGUACCUGUGCCAGUUUAAUUUGUCCCAGCAGAAGGUAGAUCUGGGAGUCUGGGGUGGGUCAUUAUCAAUGUUAGUGGUUUUCUCUGAGCAUUUUUCACCAUCUAUCAUGCUGCAGAGAAUAAAUGUUGUUGUGGACCAUCAAAGCAAGGCUUUACCCCGGGGUAUGCUGAAAAUUGCACUGCCAAAGUCACUGUAUAGUGCCUCAUAAUUGUUUAAUUGCAACUGAUUGUUCUAUUAAUACAACAUACUGGGACGGGUUCUCAUUUUUGGCUUUCAAGUGACUUUAGAAGAGCUGUCAUGUUCUCCACCUGGACAUAUGGUGUGAUAUGACAGGAUACAUGUGUGCUAUAGUGGUUUAACAAAUAUUAAAAUUAUUUUCUUUACCGGUUCAACA